AUGUCCGAUUUAUCGGAAAUCGAUAGAAUAGACCCAGGCAAGUUUCUUAGUGGAAUAAUUGGGUCACCAGUCAAAGUGACAUUGCGCAACGGUGUAGAGUACCAAGGAGAUUUACAAACAAUAGACGGAUACAUGAAUGUGGUGUUGGAAAACGGCAGAGAAGUUGUCAAUGGCGACGUUACAAGGAAUUAUGGAGAUGUGUUUCUCAGGGGCAACAACGGUAUGUCUAUAUGCCAAUGUUCAAGCCCACAUAGCUGUCGUCGUUAUCGCCUACAGCUCUCUACUAUAAGGCAUCAGCAAAAAAAAAAAAAAAAAAAAACUGGAAUAGCUUUACUAACAUUGAGCAAAACUAGUUCUUUACAUAAGUCAGGAUUAA